AUGCGGGUUGAUCAUUAUCAAUAUCUGAUGGACAGGGGCUGGAGAAGAUCAGGCUCGCUCUAUUACAAACCUGACCUCUUGCGGUCAUGUUGUCCCCACUACACAAUACGUCUCAAAGCGUCAGAGUUCCAGCCUGGGAAGGACCAGCGACGGGCGAUCAAUCGAUGGAACGACUAUGUGCUCGGCCCCGAGUACAAAAGAAAAGCUGCCAUGCUGUGUCCGCAGUCACGCGAGCAACGGCGUUUGAGAGACAAAUUUGACCUGUCUAUCGCCGUUCACAAGGCGGAAUAUGACAAUGUCAAGCGUCCAGUGGGCAAAAAGACUGGCGUACCCAUCGAACCAGCUCAUAGGUUUGAAGUCAAUCUUGAAGGCGAUAGCUUCACAAAGGAGAAAUAUGGAGUUUUUCUGAAAUACCAAUUGCGGAUACACAGAGACCCCGCGUCUCGGUGGAAAGAGUCUGACUUCAAACGAUUUCUCUGCACCGGCCUUGACCGCAAGAUCCUCAAGAUCAGCGGCAAGACGCUCAAAUUGGGUUCGUACCACCAAUGCUAUCGGCUCGACGGGAAGCUGGUGGCUGUGGCAGUUCUCGAUCUUUUGCCCCAUGCCGUCAGCUCAGUCUAUCUCUUCUAUGAUCCUGAAUACGAGCCUUGGGACUUGGGAAAAAUGAGUGCUCUUCGAGAGAUUUUGCUUGCAAAAGAGGCCGGCUAUGAAUACUAUUACAUGGCAGGGUAUUACAUCCACUCGUGCAUAAAGAUGCGAUACAAGGCCACUUUCACCCCGACCUACAUCCUGGAUCCAGAAAGCUAUGAAUGGAACCUCUUCGACGAUAAAUACCGUCAGGAGCUCGACAAAAGAAAAUACGUCUCUCCGUCCCGCGAUCGGAAAUACGGAGUGGAUGCAGCAGAGAGCACCAAUCACCAGGCAGCCGUGACAGCAACUCCGGAUCUCAGCACUGCUCCUAAAACCACAAAGGAAAGAGGAAGAAUGUUCGACGACGAACAAGAUCUAGAAUUCGAUGAAGCGCCCAGCGAUGAAGAAGACGCAGAAAUACCCGAGGGAUCCUUGUUUGAUUACGAAAUACCCGGUGUGCUGACGAAAGAUGAGGUGAUUCGUCUUGAUCUCGACCACUGGCGUCUCCUCGUAGGGAAAAGUCUGAUCGAGUUAGAGGACCUUCGAGAUUGGGAAGCUGGGAAAAUAGACGACCCCGACACUAUGAAAGGCAUGGCUGCAGAACUUGCCGCAGUUACGGGGCCAAAACUACUCCAAAACAGUGCAUUGGCAGUAUUCUAA